CGCCGAGCGAGGGCCGGUUCCGCACGCGCGACGUGCUGAUUCCCGGCGGCCCGUCCGACUUCGGGUCGCUGCUGCUGUCGGAGCCGGUGCUGGCCGGGCUGGAGGCGGCCGGCUUCCACAGGCCGUCGCCGGUGCAGCUGAAGGCCAUCCCGCUGGGUCGCUGCGGGCUGGAUCUCAUUGUGCAGGCCAAGUCGGGCACUGGCAAAACCUGCGUGUUCUCUACCAUCGCCCUGGACGCGGUGGUGCUGGAGAACCUCUCCACGCAGAUUCUGAUCUUGGCUCCCACACGAGAGAUUGCUGUGCAGAUUCAUGCUGUGAUCACCACUAUUGGCAUCAAGAUGGAAGGCUUGGAGUGCCAUGUCUUCAUUGGAGGCACCCCUCUGAACCAGGACAAAACCAGGCUGAAGAAGUGCCACAUAGCAGUUGGCUCCCCAGGCCGAAUCAAGCAGCUGAUAGAGUUGGACUACUUGAAUACAGCCAGUAUCAGGCUCUUUAUCCUGGAUGAAGCAGACAAACUCCUAGAAGAAGGCAGCUUUCAGGAACAAAUAAACUGGAUUUACUCUUCACUGCCAGCCAAUAAGCAGAUGCUUGCUGUCUCAGCUACUUACCCUGAGUCAUUGGCUAAUGCUUUGACCAGGUACAUGAGAGAGCCAACAUUUGUGAGGUUGAACCCCACUGACCCAAGCCUCAUUGGGCUGAAGCAGUACUACAAGAUUGUGAAUUCCCAUCCACUUCCCCAUAAAACAUUUGAGGAAAAAACCCAGCACCUGCAGGAGCUGUUCAGCAGGAUCCCAUUCAAUCAAGCCUUGGUCUUCUCAAAUCUGCACAGCAGGGCUCAACAUCUGGCUGAGAUCCUGACUUCCAGAGGCUUUCCUGCUGAGUGCAUUUCAGGCAACAUGAAUCAGAACCAAAGGCUUGAUGCUAUGGCUAAGCUGAAGCAGUUCCACUGCAGAGUCCUGAUUUCCACAGACUUGACCUCUCGUGGGAUUGAUGCUGAGAAAGUGAACCUGGUGGUCAACCUGGAUGUGCCUCUGGACUGGGAGACCUACAUGCAUCGCAUCGGCAGGGCCGGGCGCUUCGGAACUUUAGGCCUGGCUGUGACCUUCUGCUGCCGUGGAGAGGAGGAAAACACGAUGAGGAAGAUUGCUCAGAAGUGUAACCUUCAGCUCCUCCCUCUGCCAGAGCCCAUCCCUCCUGGACUGAUGGAUCAGCUGGAAGAUGGGGAGGUCGAAGUGAAGCCUGUUAUCCAAACAGGUGCCUCAGUGACUUCUGCCCCUGUGGGUCUCAGACCAGAGGAACCUGUACUGCAACAGAGUGUGUCAGAGGCACCUCGGCCCCUUCCUGACCUUCCAGGGGAUAAAUGGAAGCCAGAGAAGCCUCUGAAACACAAGCAGAUGAAAAAGUGCACAAAUGCUGCAAAGAGAGAAGAAAGGAGUAGAAAGCCUCAGACCUCCAGCUGCCACAUGGAGCAGAGGAGCCGAGUCAGAGCUGUGGCCAGGGCAGAUGGACCACAAAAUGCUCAGGCUGCAGAUGAGGAGACCUUGAAGAAAAACCUUCCUAGAAUUCCAUGCUUGUCUUCUUUCAAAACCCAACCAAGCAGUCCCUGGAGCUUCUCAGGGCUUGUUGAGGACUAUGAGUAUUUCAUCAAAGAAGGGCUGGAGAGGGAGGUUGAAAUUGUAAGAAGUUAUUCAGGCCCAGGGGAGCAAAGUGAGCUCCCCAGCAGUGAGGUGGAGUGUAAUACAGAGAUGGUAGUGAAUGGAGCUGGGUCUGGUGACAGUGACAGCUUGGACAGCUCCAGGGCAUCCUCCAGCAGCAGGGAGAACAACUCCUGCUCUGAGGCCUCCUCAGACACACAGGAGAGGAAUGCUGUGCCCGCAGCCCAGCGGGGUCAGGCAGGCCUCCAUCCUGCACCAGAGAAGCCUCAGGAGCCAUCACCAGCCCCAAAGCAAAACCAGGUGAAGAAGAAAGCUGGGAGCCAAAAUGCCAAAUCAAAGAAGAGCCAUUCCCAUCAGCCCCCCAGGCCAGCUGCCACCAGGCAAAGGGAGGACAGCUGCUCCUGCAGCUCCUGGUGUUACAGUGGCCCCCCUGAGACUUGGAACUCCAAAAGCCCCUGGGAGCAUUACUACCAGGGGUGGCUUAGCUACUAUGCUUACUACAGGAGUUACAGGGAGUUGAGCUGGAGGUAUGCCUGCCACUUCCACAAGGUCUACUUUCAGGAGCUGCUUGGAAGUGGUGACUGAUGUGCUGGCAGCUGGGGAUUUGGCUGCUUGGCACAAGGGAGGGCUGUGGAAGCAGAACUGCUCAUCCACAAGGACCCUGCCAAAGAGACACUGGUUUAGGAUUGAAGGCCCAUGGCUUCUCCCUAACCCACCC